CGCAAAAAUAAUCGGUGACGAGUCGACUAUCAAAAUAAUCGUUUGUGGCAGCCCUACUGCUAAUGGUUACGGACUCGGUGGAACUCAAAUGCAAGGCUUUUGACCAGAGCCAGUUCAUACCAGUGUUAUCUCACUAACACAGGCUCCCAGUAUAUUUAAAGUGUUAUUCGUCACAUUUUGAAAGUGCUUUGUGGUUGUUAUAGUUUAAGGAAAGAAUAUGCACUGCCAUACUAUCAGAUGCCAGUGACGGUUGGGCUCAGUGAUGAAUCAGUUCUUGCUGUGCUCUUCCUGCCGGGAGCUUGGGGACAGAGCAGCAGCAGCAGACUUGGUGCAGUGGUGGAGGCGAAGAACGUCACUCUUCCCGCGGGAUCUAAUGCCAUCCUGCCCUGUCACAGCCCCCGCAUGGUGUGGAUCCGGGACAGACUGAAGGACCGUCAGAGGGUGGUGCACUGGGACUUGGUCCGCAGCAGCCCGGAAAAUUCUGUGGAACGAGUCUUGGACAUGUCACCUGGGGCCAACCAGAGGGUCUACAACGCCUUCAACAAGGGCCGCGUUUUCAUCCCAGACUCUGCUUUCAGUGAUGGCAACUUCUCCCUUAUUAUUAACAACGUGGCAGCAACUGACAAAGGAGUUUAUACUUGUAAUUUACACCAUCACUACUGUCAGAUUCGCCAGUCUAUUCAAAUCCAGGUUGACGUCACUAAAUCAGCCCGUAAAGAGAAGCGGUACUGGGAUGGAGAGAAGACUAUAUUGGUGGUCCUGUUGGGAAGCUCAGUGGUAUUGCCUUGUGUGAACCGGCGCCCCUUGUGGAGAGAGGGUCUCCAGGAGGACCAGCAGCAGGUGGCCCACUGGGACUUCCAGCCUCCUGGUGUGCGUCCUGAUAAGGCUGACCGACUGGUGGAUCUGUACGCCUCCGGAGAGCGUAGGGAUUAUGGACCUCUCUUUGCCCAGAGCAAGAUGAGCGUGGCAGAGAAUGCUUUUACACUAGGAGACUUCUCACUGUUCAUCUCUGACCUGAGGCCCGCUGAUAAAGGCCUUUACUCCUGCCACCUGCACCAUCACUACUGUGGUCUCCAUGAGAGGCGCAUCUUCAGACUAACUGUGGGACCUCCACUCCUGCCUAAUUCCACUCCAGCACCCAGAAUUUUCCAGAAUGAUGAACCAGAACCAAGUGAAGGGGUCGAGCCUCCACGUGUGGUUAAUGUCUUUAUCCCCGAGCAUCGAAGUUAUUUCAUGCAACAUUUGGGCUACUUCCUGGCGACAUUCUUACUGCUGGGGUUUAUCAUCAUUGCUCUUAUUAUGCUGACUCGACGGCGCAAAAAGAGAGGGCUGGAGUAUGAGCUGGGUCGAUCCCAUCGGGGAACCGCAAUCGCUGGAGGUGAAGUAACUUUAGACUGCACAGAGCUGAAGAGCUGUAACCAAGAGCCUUUGAAUUCAGAGUACAAAAACAACAUAAUGAAAGAGCGCGAUAUGGCUAAAGACUGCAAUAAGGAAUUUGAUGGGAAGAUGUGGAAGUGAAUGUGAUAUUUCUGAGACGCUGCUGGCAGGUCCAGGGCAAACACAGGAAGAAAUACAGGACCAUGGAGAAAAAGGAGAAAAACAGGAAACCCAGGAGAGGACAGGAGGAAUGCUCCCUCUGCUGUAACCCUAGCACACUAAGCUUUUUCAGUAAAGGACAUCAUCUUUCUUUUCUUUUCUUUUUUCUUUUUUUUCUUUUUUUUUACCCGAUUAAAUUUUUAUAUAUGUAUAUAUAUAUAUAUAUAUAUAUAUAUACACAUAUAUAUAUAUAUAUAUAUAUAUGUAACUUAGCUUCUCACCAGCUGUUAUAACCAUAUGGUUAAACUUAUAUUUGAUCCUUCCUCUUUGCAUUCAUUGUUUUGUUUAUAUUAAAUAGAAAGCAUUUUCUUAUAUAAUGUUUUUAAAAUAUGUUUUUUAAUUAAAUGCAUGCUCUUUAUUAAGGUAUGUUUUAUUAUGUACUGCGCAUGCUUAUGGAGCUGCAAGCUUACGGCUCUUUUUAAUUGUUGAAAUUUGGAUAUUUCCUUUUCUUUUUUUUGCAUAAAUUCUGCUGUAGUGUAAAUCACAUAAAUCAUAAUGUUUCAUAAUUCAAUUUACUGUAUGUUGUAGACAUUUUCAAAUGUUGUUUGGAAACGAGUAUGACAUUAUUCUAGCUACACAAAAACAGAUCUCAACCGUGGUGACAAAGGGACUACCCUUUUUUGUGGAUUUUGCUUACAGAAAGGCAGAUUAAAAUUCUCCUCCCCAUAAGUUACCCAAACUGACAUACUGUGCAGUUACCUGGUUCACUGAAAAUUUAUCAGGUGAAAAGUGAUGUUGUUACUUUUAUGACAAUGGACUAUAGGCUCAGUCUGUGCAAACUCAGGAAAAUUCUCGAACCAUUCUUGUUUGCAUCAAACAACGAUAAUGUACCCUGGUUUGUAAAACACUGAAUUUUCAUGAAUGAAUCUGCUGGUUAGUGAUACAGGAACGUAUCUGUUAUCAACUGUGUGGCUGUACUUCUGUGAGGAAAAAGAGUGUCUACUAUAUCAGUAAUGCUAAAUUGUAAAAUGUAGAUUAGCCUUUUUUUUAACUAUUUCUUGCAUUUCUCUCUGGCUCACCUGCACAUUUUAAUGUUCCUCUCCUCUAAUAAAGAUUUCUUCUGCUCACAACAGCAAACACUA